AUGGCUCCCAGUAGAGCGAACACACCGUCAGAUGACGAACUCGACAAUAUUCUCAAUGGCAUCACCGAAGGCAGAGAUAUCUCAGGCACCCAAGCCGAGUCGACGAGACCAGCUUAUGCCAGCAAAGGCUCAGGCAAUGCCGGCGAUGGACUGGGCAUCGACGAGGAGAUCAUCAUUACGAAGAAACGCAUACCUAUACCGAAGCUCGACGACAACAGGCUAUUGUCUGACCCAGGCAUCCCAAGACUGCGGAGGAUUUCGAAAGACCGUCUACGCUUUAAAGGGAAGGGGCAUGAGUACGGAGACAUUGCGCGCAUGCUGAACAUGUACCAAUUGUGGCUCGACGACCUAUACCCCCGCGCCAAGUUUGCUGAUGCGCUCACUAUAAUCGAGAAGGUGGGACACACCAAGCGCAUGCAGAUGAUGCGCAAAGAAUGGAUAGACGAGGGCAAGCCGCGGCGGACGUCGGCAUACGAAGAGGAAGAUGCCGAUGAGGUCGUCGUUCAAGCGCCUACAACGGAGCAGGCGACGGAGAGCAUGGAGGGCGUGGAGCAGGGUGAAGAGGGCGCCGAAAGGGCUGGUCCAGAUGAGGAUGAGUUAGAUGCGCUGCUCGCAGAAAGUGCGCAGCAAAACACUUCAGCUCCAAAAACACUGCCUGUGCGGACAGCUGGUGGAGAAGACGAUCCUUUUGCAGAUGAGAUGGAAGCUAUGGUCGACAUGGAAGAUAUGUGGUAA